CGCUUGAAGCCAUAAAUAUAAACUAUGACCCUGAGUGAGAUAAACGGUUAAUUUCAUUUUCGAAAUUAUUUGGAUGGUGAAAUAAAUACAAAUUUUCAACUGUAGGAGUUGCAAAAUAUAAAACUUAACGACGUUUCAUUGGACCGGUGUCACCUCCGACGUGUCCGCUCAGAUGACCAUUUCCUGUUUAGCUAGCAAAAAGCUUAGUGGCUGCCGGAGACUUUUAAGGAGAUUUCAUGCCUUCAAUUGGCUUUCCUGGUUCUUGAGGCUCUAAGCUCGCCAGGUAAAACAGCAGGCUGCAGUGAUGUCAUCAGAGCCCAAGUCCCCCACUCCCACCCCAGGGGACACAUACAAGGGCUGGCUCUUCAAAUGGACUAACUAUAUCAAAGGUUACCAGAGACGCUGGUUUGUUCUUAGCAAUGGACUCCUCUCCUAUUACAGGACUCAGGCAGAGAUGGGCCACACUUGCCGCGGCACCAUCAACCUGGCCACGGCCAACAUUGUUGUGGAGGACUCGUGCAAUUUUGUCAUUUCCAACGGCGGUGCGCAAACCUACCACCUAAAGGCCAGCUCGGAAGUGGAGCGCCAGCGCUGGAUCACCGCCUUGGAGCUGGCCUUUGACACGGGGAACAACUCUGAUGACUCAUGCGAAGACGGACCCUCAGCGCUCCUCACAUCAGGACAUGGCGGUGGGCGUACCUUAGAUAUCCAAUCUACGCUGCGCACACUCGGCAGCAAGGUGGAGGACCUCGACACCUGCAACGAUCUCAUUGUCAAGCAUGGAUCUGCCCUGCAAAGGUCUUUGUCAGAACUGGAGGGGAUUCAGCCCGGAGCGGACGUGGGGGAUAAGAUGAGACAAGUGACCGAGCGAGCGACGCUGUUCCGCAUCACCUCCAAUGCAAUGAUAAACGCAUGCCGGGACUUCCUCUCGCUGGCUCAGAACCACAGCAAGCGCUGGCAGAAGGCCUUGCAGCUGGAGAGAGACCAGAGGGUGAGGCUGGAGGAGACCCUGGAGCAGUUGGCCAAGCAACACAACCACUUGGAGAGAGCUUUCCGGGGAGCGACAGUGCUCCCGUCGUCAAACAGCAACCCCGCCUUGGGCAGCAAAGGCGCUCUUUCAGGUAAAGGAGAUUCCAGCGAUGAGGAUGACAACAACGUGUUCUUCGAUGCCAUGGAGGAACCGGCAGAGUUCAUCACGGUCCCUGCCGAUCCCAAAUACCACAGGAGAUCUGGCAGCAAUGUGAGCGGAUUCAGCAAUGAGACCGGAAUGGAUGACUUAUCUGUAAACUUUGACGAGCUUUCGAUGGCCUCCAGCCCAGAGUCACCACAGUCCCUGGAGCUGGAGCCGGUCAGACAAAGGCGGACUCGUAUACCCGACAAGCCCAACUAUUACCUCAACCUUUGGAGCAUCAUGAAGAACUGCAUCGGAAAGGAGCUCUCAAAGAUACCAAUGCCCGUGAACUUCAACGAGCCCCUCUCCAUGUUGCAACGUCUGUCCGAGGACCUGGAGUACUACGAGCUGCUGGAUAAGGCAUCAAAGUGCCAGAGCUCUCUGGAGCAGAUGUGCUACGUGGCGGCCUUUACUGUUUCCUCCUACUCAACCACCGUCCACCGCACUGGAAAACCCUUCAACCCCCUGCUUGGAGAAACCUUUGAGCUGGAUCGCCUGAGAGAGUGUGGUUACCGCUCCCUCUGUGAGCAGGUAAGUCACCACCCGCCUGCCGCAGCCCACCACGCCUUUUCUGAAAAAGGAUGGACUCUCAGACAAGAAAUCACCCUGGCCAGCAAAUUUCGAGGAAAAUAUUUGUCCAUCAUGCCCCUGGGUGCAAUCCAGUGCAUGUUUGCUAAGAGCAACAACCAUUACUCUUGGAAGAAAGUCACUACAACAGUACACAAUAUUAUUGUGGGAAAGUUAUGGAUUGAUCAGUCAGGGGAGAUUGACGUUGUCAACCACAAGACGGGGGACCGCUGCCACCUCAAGUUCGCUCCCUACAGUUACUUCUCUAGAGAUGUGCCAAGAAAGGUAACUGGCGUGGUCACAGACAAGGACGGAAAGGCGCAUUAUGUGCUCUCUGGGACUUGGGAUGAGAAGAUGGAGUUCUCCAGGAUCAUGCAGAGCAGCAAGAGCGAGAACGGUGCUGAGGGCAAACAGAGAACCGUCUACCAGACUCUUAAAGCCAAAGAAAUAUGGAGGAAGAACCCGUUGCCAGAGGGAGCAGAGACUAUGUACUUCUUCUCCUCGCUUGCCCUGACACUUAACGAGCCCGAAGAGGGCGUGGCACCGACGGAUAGCCGACGGCGGCCCGACCAGCGGUUGAUGGAAGACGGACAGUGGGAUGAGGCCAACGCAGAGAAACAGAGGUUGGAGGAGAAGCAACGGAUGGUCCGUCGGGAGAGGGAGAGGGAAGUGAUCAAGGCCGCCCAUACGCCAGACGAAGGUAAGACAACAAUCACGCUAUUUUUUUUAGACGGACAAUUCGUCUCCUGUCCCUCCAUCAUUGUCUCCAUCUGCUUGUCUAAAGCUUCCACGCAGGAACCAAUCACUGACUCACCCUUAAAAAUUGACCCAGACCAGAUUGGAACUGAAGCGAGUGAGGGUUCCGAUGAAACUGACACAGAGGACUCUCUUCCUCCUCAUCCUUCGCCUCCUCUUGCAUCCUCUCGCGGAAAAUUGCCCCCAUCCUGUCAAAUGGAAGUAAAGGAGGGCUCUUGUGGAGCUCCGCACAAAACCCCUCAUCAAGACAGCCACCAGGCGCUUUGGUUUGAGAAGACUGAGGACGCCCAGUCAGGAGAGACCCUGCACGUCUACAAGGGGGGCUACUGGGAGACAAAGGACAGCGGUGUGUGGGACAUGUGCCCGGACAUCUUCUGACAACCUCACCCGGCGUGAAGAUGGCGCACUUCCCUCUCAGGAUGCGAGUGUGUGUUUUUUUCUUGUCUACACCUCCAGAAAUGAAGCGGCUGUACUUUGCAGGAAAAUGGCGGAACCAAGCACACGAGCCAAGGUUGCAUUACCGCUGCUUUCUAUUUUUUAGCACCCAUCAGAAAGGCCACGAUCAUCCACCUCACCAAAACGCGCACGUUACUGACAAGGUGAAAAUGGUCCAAAAUGGUGUUGAUUUUGGGCUGUACAUGCAAAUCCAGUGUCAUAAAGGAACAGGAAAGUGCUUGGGAGCAGUUGUUUUCAAAAAGUUAGGCACCAAAACACUUUGACGGGGUGUUUAAAAAGUUUUUAAAAAAAUAAAGGAAAACAUGCAUUUAAAACUGUAAGAUAACUUUAGUCAUGAUUGAAGGCCAAAUGAAGAGAUUUGUAGUUCCGACAUUGAGAGUUGACAAACAUUUUCGCAGGAAAUUACACUUUGAAAACCCCAGCUCUCGGAUUAUGCUGCACGUCUACAGUUUCUACAUUUUAGAAUGAUGCAAGGAUCGACUUUGGUCCAAAUGGUCCCCUAAAAUAAUGGAUACCAAUCAUUUUUUCAACAAGUAAAAAAUAUGAACGUCACAAUUUGGGCUGGGCGAUAUGGCUGAAAACUGUAUCAAGAUGAAAUUGUUUUAUAUUGGUCAAUAUCGAUAAUUGCUGGUAUUUUUAUAACCUGUAUUGGUCGAUAUUGAUAAUUGCUGGUAUUUUAUAACGUAUCGCAAAUAAGGACCAGGAGAAAAUUAUAUUAAAUGUAAACAUUUGUAUCUAAAAUUUUACCUUCUUCUGUUUAUGAUCCCUACCACUAUCAAGGCAGAAAGGAAAUAUCAACACCACCAUGGAAAACACUCACUGUAAACACAAUUCUAAAAUCACAUUGAACACUUAACAAUAUUCUCUGAAAAUUAAGGAAUAUGUAAGAAAUGCUUAAUAAAGUGUAACAAAAUAGUGCAAAGUGUGAAAAUACAAACACAGAGAAACCUGAGAACUAUUUUCUGCGUGUCCACUUGUAGUGCUAAGGUGGUGUGAUUACAAGCGCCUUGGUCUGACUACGGUCCGUUUAAAAAAAAUCCCAAAAACCUGCCAUGCUGUCAUGGUGACUCUUUUUGUUCUAUCCACACUUGAUUUGCUCUCUGCAGCACUCAUUUCUAACUUUCACUUCUCACUUCCUGCAAUGAAGCAACCGCCGGACAACAAGACGGCGCAACCACAUUUGAUAGUUCAUACUGUUACCUGAUUGGCUGUCAGCGAUCCUGGCUUGGCCACUUCCCCUUUCUUCGGACAAAGAAAAAAAAUGUACAUCGAACGCAUUUUUUAUUGAUAUUGAUUACUUUUGACUUAAUUUUAUCGCUCAGUCAUGGUCACAAUAUAAUUACUUCUAACACAACUUCUUUUUGCUAAGUUUUUAGUGUAAUUUCCUGUCUGAACAAAACCAAUUCAACAUGUGAAAAUACACUGUUUAAGGUAUGAACCAUGUUAGCAUUAACUGUAUGCGGUUUGCAAUUUUCACAUUCUAUCGUUGUUUUCUAUAGUCACUAUUAAAAAGCAGUGAUAUUAAUUAUUUCUCCAUCAAAUACUACAAUGCCUCUGACUGAGUAAAGACAGAAUUUGCCUUUACAAGUUAUUUAGUAUAAACAUUUGUGAAGCAAAUUAAUUCCCGAAUGUGAAACAACAGUUUUAUAUUGUCGCUGUUGCGCUUUUUUUCAUUUUUUAACCUUUAAAAGAAAAAAAAAGAAAAUCUAGUGCUGGAAUUUCACACCUUUUGCACUUUCUUUCCUUUGAAAAUGGAAUCAAGCGCAUGAGUUGACGCUAAUGACAGUUUAAAUGUGAAGUUUGCUCAAGUGACGUGUUAUUCCUAAACCAGCAACAUGGGUGGUUAGGUCCUGUACUAAAAGGAAGGAGUGUAUAGUUUUAUUAUUUUCCCUUUCAUAAUAAGUGUACUUAAAAAUGGAGUCCCAACCUUCAAAUUGUGAAUAUUUCUGCAGAGGGAGAGAGAGAGGAUUUAUGAAGUAGAAGACCUGACACAAGUUUAACGUGGUAGUGAUGCACUUUUUUUUGUUUGUCACAAUUGUCGAAUAUUUUCCUGUUUCGUUCUCCAUUUAUUCACUGAUAGUGUGUGAAGAUUGUUUGUUGUGAUAUAUUGUACAUCUCUAAAUAAUAUUGAUUGUAUUCACAGGUUGGCUUUGUUCCUUGCUCUAACAAUUUUAUAAGUAUGUAGUACAUUUCUUCCAAGAGUCACGAUAAUAGAACUGUGAACUAUUUAUAAAAAUGCUCUGCUGAAGUGCAGUAUAUAGUGUCAAUAUGUUUUUUUUUUCUUCAAUUCCCCAAAUGAUGUACAUAUGUACACAAACUGUAUGUAUGGAUGGAAUUUGGCAGGAUUAGUCUUUCGGGCUUAAUUGAUUAAAUUUAUGAUUAAUUCAAAGACAUCCUUUAACACGUGACACCUUUUUUUGCUGUACACACAAAAAUUAAGGAUAUAUUGGAAAAUAAUUUAAAAUAUUUUUAUUGUAUCAGUUAGCAUAGUUAGUUAUGUUAAUGGUUGGUUUGGUUGGUAAAUAAAGUGAUUUAUUUUGAUUUUUCCUUUACUUUUUAUUCAUAUUUGUGUGACCAUUGUUUGUUUUUCUUUAAAUGUAAAACAAGA